AUGAGCGAAGAGAAUGGUUGUAAGGCACUUUACCCCGAUUUGGAAGACGAGAAUCCUAAAUCGUCCUCAAAGUGUUUUAUGGAUCAUGGACCGGAGGACAUAGCUUUGAUUAUGAAGGCGAAUGACUUUGCUGCAAGAAGACAUCGUUUCCAGAAACGUAAGGAUCAUGCUGGGACACCGUACAUCAACCAUCCUAUUGGAGUGGCAUACAUUCUCACGAACGAAGCAAAAGUGUUCGAUGCGGCAACGCUAGCUGCUGCUCUUCUCCAUGAUACUGUAGAAGACACGAAGACCACGUUAGAAGAGAUCAAGGAGCAGUUUGGACAGGAGGUGCACGAUAUUGUGAAAGAAUGCACAGAUGACAAAUCACUACCGAAAGACGUUAGGAAAAGGGCGCAAAUCGAAAAUGGUCCGAAACAUUCUCAUAAGGCAAAACUUGUUCAUUUGGCCGAUAAACUCUACAAUUUACGUGAUUUGGAAAGAGCAACGCCUGUUGGAUGGGAUCGUCGAAGUGUCAAAGAGUACUUCAAAUGGUCAAAGCAGGUGAUCGCUGGGAUGAAAGGAACAAACGAGAAUCUUGAGAUAUUACUCGACGAUAUCAUAAACAAACAUCUAGCUUAA